CUUUCACUCCCUUUUUGUUUAUUCCACAAUUAAACUAUACACACAUACAUGUAUUUUUAAUUAUAUUAACAACAUUAUUACAUACCAAUACGAAUAACAAAGUAUAGAUUAUGAUGAUGAACAAUAACGUGGGAAGAAUUAUGAUUCAUCACCACACACAGUGCUACCACCAUUGAUAAUUUCCACUUCCUCUUUAGUCUUUACUUUGCUUCCAACCUUAACUUUCUUCAUUCUUUUUUCUCACCUUUUGGAUCUUCCUUGGGAUCUUCCAAACCAUUUUCCAACCAUUUUUGUCUUCAUAUUUUGCUUUCUAGCUGAUUUGGACCGCUUCAGGAUUAGUCGGUUAUUGAGCCAGAUACCGAGUUUUCAAAGAAAUUAUAUUUUUCUUCCUGCGGUAAUUUGAUACACAUAAUUGGUAGAUCAAGGAAGAAAUUCCUUUGUCGUGUGAGGUUAUGUGAAGCAAAAUCUGAAUAUAUAUGAGCUGUUGAAGAAACCCUCUGAUGAGAUGUGGUCUGAUAUAGACUUGAGACCUCAGAAAGAUAAAGCAAAACAGAAAAUCGGCGCAAAGGCAGCUAUGCAGUCAAGGAAUCGACAUAAGUUGAAAACAGAAUUUGUUGUUGAUCAUUGUCAAAAACCACAAAUUGAUACAUUAGGAGAGAUUCUGAAGCGCGAGAGUGUGAACGAAAGUUCAACAACGCAACAUGAGGAGCUUGUCAAGCACAUGUCUAAUUUGCCAGGCUAUCUCAAACGAUCUGAUAGAGGUAGAAAAAACAUCCAAGAGAAGGCUUUAAAUUUCGGUGUUCUUGAUUGGUCGCAACUUGAAAAAUGGAAGAACAAGCAAUCAUUCAAUAGCAUCGAAGAAUCGUCAUCAUCGUCAAGGAUGGCUACCACGUCAUCCUCCACUUCUAGAAGGCAUAAAAAGCUUGAUGAUAAAAAAGGUUUGUGUUCUUCGCAGAAUGUUAAACAAUGUCGAAAUUCUGGUAAAAAGAUCAUUGAAAGAGAGCACAGAAUGAAAUCAAGGGAAUUUGAGUCCAUUGGAAAAAUUCAGUUAGAUAAAUCACUUCAAAAAGAAAAAAGGCGCGACUAUGUGGAUGAAGCUAUAAGCAUGCAGGGUUUGCAACAUCAUAGCCUUAAGAAAAAAGAAAGAAGUCUUCAUUCCGGUUUUGAAAAUCGACUUCCACCGUUAGAACGAAAAGAUAAAGGUGUGUCAGUUGGUUCCGAGAAGAAAGUGAGUUCCAGAAGCAAUGAAACCAAGUUAAGGAUGGAUCAGUGGAAGGACUCAGGUACUGAUGUUGAUCAAAAAAAUUCUCAUAGUAUUCCAAGAGACAUUGUUUUGCUUCGUCCACGGAAAUUUCUACAGUCGAAUUUCGAAGACUAUUUUCCGCUUUCUCAAUCAAUAGCCUCAUCUGAUGAAAUUUUUUCAGAAUCAAGCCUGAGUGGCUCAUCAUAUAUUUCACUUCCUGAGGAGGCAUACACUGAAAAUGCAUGUUCUGAAACUAUACAUUCAAGUGUAAUUCUCCCUUCUGUGACCGAUCUUGCUUCUUCUUCAGAAACAACACGAGACAGUUUUGAUAGUGAUCUAGAUAUCGAUUUUUCUUCUGGUCGAUCAAACAAACCUGGUUGCUCGAAUAAGAUUUCUAGUUUCCAAUCUAAUAUAGAUACUUUCAUUGAAAAGGAUAUGUUAGACACGAAGCUAAGAAAUCAAUGUUCUAUCGGUAAUACGAAAGAAUCAACUGAGAGUGACAGGAAUAACUUAUCCCAAAAUCAGCUUAGCUUCGGCUUGAAUCGGAUAGGUAGAAGUUUAAGUUUCAAGGAGGGACCUACCAUUCCAAAACAAAGCUCCAUGCCGAUUAGUGCAAAGUCUGGUCCAUUGAUAUUUGAAUCUUCUCGCUUGAAUAAUUGUAGCAAAGAUAAUAAGGUGCAUGGUCAUAAGAGAAACAUAUCAAGCACCUUCAUGAGGUUAUUAGAUCCUAUAUGGAAGAAUAAGGCAUCAAACACACAACACCAUUCAUCCGAAAGCAGUUUGACACCGAUAGGUAGCCCAAAUUCAACGAGCUUUCGAACAAAUAAAGAAUCAUCAAUUAAAGCUCUUUUGCAACUAACAAUAAAAAAUGGACUGCCAUUGUUUCAUUUUGUGAUCAACAGUGAAAGAAAGGUUCUUGCAGCUACCAUGAAUAGUUUAGCUUCACCGGAGAAGGAUGAUGGAAGCUGCUAUUUCACAUUCUACCUUCUUGAUGAAAUUAAGAAAAAAAGCGGUAGAUGGACGAGUCACUGGAGCAAAGAAAAGAACUGUGGAUAUGCCUAUAAUAUUGCUGGUCAUAUGAAAAUUUCUAGCUCAAAAAUCACUGAAUCAAAAGACGAGAACUUCAAGGGACAGUGUCUGGUGAAAGAUUAUGUCCUAUUUGGCAUUGGAAUCGAUCAGCCGGAUCAACGACCGCAAGAAUUCGUCAAGAGAAAGGAGCUGGCUGCUGCUGUUAUUGAGAUCCCUUGUGAAAAUGAUGUUAACUUGCCGAAGAAGGAAUGCUUAAAGUGUCUUCUUGCCGAUAAAAGAUGCUUUUGCAUACCACAAGAAAAUGAUAUUUCUGGUAGUAGUAUUACAGUUAUACUUCCAGGUGGAUUACAUGCUUCGCCGAACAAAGGAGAGCCUUCUCCGUUGAUUCAUCGAUGGAAAUUGGGCGGAAUAUGUGACUGUGGAGGUUGGGAUGUUGGUUGCAAACUUCUUGUUCUAUCUAACCAGAACCUGACUUCAAAACCUCACCUUGAGAAAUUUCAACUUUUUGUUCAGGAAGGAACUGAUCAAGACACAGCCUUAUUCAAUUUGGAGCCAUUGAAGGAAGGAUUCUACUCAGUUGAAUUCAGUUCAACAAUCACUAAUUUACAAGCUUUCUUUAUAUCUGUUUCUCUUUUAAGCAGCAAGAAACUACCAAACACCUUGGAUAUGAGUAAGGAACUGAAUUCCAAGGAGAUAGCAACUAAAUAUUAUAAUUCAGUUCCACCACUCUCUCCUGUUGACAGAGUUUAAGUUGGUACAAUGUGAAAUAUUUCUCCAAUUACUUCCUUUUUUUUUUCAUUUAUAGUGAUUACAUAGUCUUUGUCACAUUGUAAUAUUAUUGUAUGAAUUGUACAAAGGAACCACUGCACCAAUACUAUCAUUUUAUAAGACAAAAUGAAUGAAUAAAACUAGUAUUUUCUAUUUA